AUGAAGCUGAUGGUGCAAAUUGUUAUAACUUAUAAACCAUUUCAGUACCUUCCUAAACGAUUUGCUCGGGAAAAUGGUCUCAUCAACAAGAAAUGUGAUUUGGUCAUUAGCGAUGAAAGACAAAGAUCAUGGAAUUUAAAGUUGAAUACCUACAAUCAUGGAGUCUAUAUUAGAGAGGGGUGGCAUGGACUUUGUGUUGAUAAUGACUUGAAAGAGGGAGAUUGCAUAAAGUUUGAGGUUGUUACUAAUGGAGGGAAACCAAUCUGGAAAUUUCAUGGAGCUGCCAAUCACAAGCCUUUUGGUCAAUCACAUUUUGUAUGCAUUGUUAGACGCUAUUGCCUCGUCAAUGAUUUCUUGGUCAUUCCUACAAAAUUUGAACUUGCAAAUGGUCUCUCCAACAAGAGAUGUGAUUUGAUUAUUAGAGAUGAAAGGGAAAGAUCGUGGAAUGUUAAGCUACGUUCUUCUGGCAAUCGUGUAUGUAUCAGAGGUGGAUGGGACGAAUUCCGUGAUGCAAAUUUCUUAAAGAAAGGAGAUUGCAUAAUGUUUGAGGUUGUUUCUAAUGGAAACACACCAAUAUGGAAAUACAAUGGUAAAUUCUGGGGAGGAUGCCAAACAUCGCAAAAGACAUUGACAAAACAAUAUGAAGCAGUUGGAGAUGGGAAAGGAAAUUAG